CCUAGUACUAGUACUCCAUUGUUUUGUUUAAGCCACCGCCGCUUCUUAUCUCUGUUCUUUCUCCAGCCACCGAACGGGAGUCGCAUCUUUGAUCUUUCUUGUGUUUCUUCUACUCCAACCCUCUGCUUCUGAUCUCUUCCAAUUUUUCUGUUUAUUUUGUCUUGCCUCUUGGUUUCCCGUUGACCCUACCCAGAAUCUGGUGACCACCACGCCGGACACAGAUCCCAUACCGGUGUCCGUCUCGACACCGGUAUAAGCCAAAAUCCGGCAAAGCAGAUUGUAUAGAAAAGGGAUUGUUGUAUAGCAAAACACUGUCAUGGAACGGUGUAUAGAGAAGAAGGCAAAGCAGAUUGUUAAAGUUCUAAAGCAAAUUCUAAUUCUCAAAUAAAAUAAAGUUAAAUGUGACGAACUAAUGGCGGAAAUUGAUCAGAGUUUGGUUGAAAAUGAAAUUGAUGCACAGCAAGAGAACUUGCAGACUGAAGCAGAACUGCAAGAAGGGCAACUAGCAGAACUGCAAGAAGAGCAGCUAGCAGAACUGCAGGCGGAGCAGCAACCAGACCUGCAAGCAGAACGACAAGAAGAGCAGCAAGCAGAGCAUGAAGGUGAUUCAGUUGCUGUGGGUGGUCAAGCAGAGCAUGAAGGUGAUUCAGUUGCUCUGGGUGGUGAAAGGUGGCCCGGUUGGCCUGGAGAAAGUGUUUUUCGGAUUUUGGUUCCAGCCCAGAAGGUUGGCAGUAUAAUUGGACGUAAAGGAGAGUACAUAAAGAAAAUGUGCGAGGAGACAAAAGCUCGUAUUAAAAUUCUUGAUGGCCCUCAAGGAACAACCGAAAGAGCUGUGAUGGUGUCUGCAAAAGAAGAGCCUGAAUUAUCUCUUCCACCAGCUAUUGAUGGUCUUCUUAAAGUGCAUAAGCGUGUUGUUGAUGGUCUGAACAAUGAUUUGUCCCAAGCACCUCCAGUUGGAGGAAAGGUUUCAACAAGACUUCUUGUCCCAGCUGCACAGGCAGGAAAUUUAAUUGGGAAACAAGGGGCGACAGUCAAAUCCAUUCAAGAAGCGUCUAAUUGCAUUGUUCGAGUUCUUGGAACAGAAGACCUGCCAAUCUUUGCUUUUCCAGAUGAUAGGAUAGUGGAAGUUUCAGGAGAUCCUGCAGCCACACACAAGGGAAUUGAGCUAAUUGCUUCUCAUCUGAGGAAGUUUUUAGUUGAUCGCAGUAUAAUAUCUGUUUUCGAGUCGCAAAUGCAAAAGUCAGUUUCUCACAUGGAAUAUGUUCCUCCUAACCAAUCCUGGGGACCUCCUCCACCUCAACAUUUUCCUCCGAGUGUUGCUGGGCCUCCAGGAUACAGAGCUAACAGCCCUUUUUUCGCUCCACCUCCUCGACAACAUGAGAACUAUUAUUCUCCUGUAGAGAUGCCUCCUCAUCUUGAGAAACAAGCUUAUCCGGGCAUUUCAGCUUAUAAUAGAGAAGCUUCAUUGGCAGUGCAAUCAUCAUCAAACAACCAAGCAGUGCAGUCUUUGAUCACUCAGGUCACACAACAGAUGGUAAUCCCCUUAUCGUAUGCAGAUGCUGUGAUUGGUACAGAUGGUGCUAGUAUCAGUUACAUUAGGAGGGUUAGUGGCGCUACUGUUACCAUUCAGGAGAAUCGGGAAGUACCUGGCGAAAUGACCGCUGAGAUUAGUGGAUCUGCGUCACAAGUUCAAACAGCUCAGCAAUUAAUUCAGAAUUGCAUUGCUGAAGCAGCUGCAGUGCAUACCCAGGCAGGAGCAACCACUGACCAGGGAUAUAAUGUUUUCGCAUCCCAGAGCAGCCUUUAUGCACCCGCUCCUUCAAACCCAGGCGUUGGAGGACAAACUGGGGGCUAUGGUUCGGUCUAUGGCGGAAAUUAUGGCUAUUAAAGACGGUGAUACAAUACAGUAUGUGACCAUUAACUGGUACCUGACAUUUUAAGAACCACUGUGUACGGCAUCAGUCGAUUUUCUGGGAUUUGUUUGUAUUAUUAUUCAAUCAUUUAGUACUAUUCAUAUUCUAGAAAAACAUUUAGCUAAUAAAUAGGAUUUGUUUUGUUGCAUUAGGCAUUAUAAUUAUAAUUAACUACUAUGCCAUUAUUUUCGCUCUUAAACCUAUUCUGUUUUUUCCCCUCCUAGGAUUUCUUUUUUCCGUUAUUUCAAAUUGUUUAUUCUGCUCAAUUAGUUUAGCAGGAUACAUCCAAAGUGUACCGUGAGGAAUACAUGAUAUGUUUUCCUAGAUUUCUUCUUACAAACAGAAGUUUUGGUUUAGCAUGAGGCUUAAUCCUUAUUUUCUCAAAUCAUUUUGGGACAGAAUAUUAAGUUUAAGACUUAAGAAAUUCACUUGACAUUAUUGUCUUCUUCCUUGUUUGGCCAAAAUAUUUAUGAGGCGGACACCAGGUCCUUAGAAUUUAGAAACAAUGUGAUUAAUCACAACCCUGGUUUAGAGCUCUUAGCCUUCUGCAUUUUCAGUCCACCCAAACUGGCGGGUUUGUUUUAACGUAUCACGUGUUAUUAAUGAGGCCGAUGAUUAUGACUUUUUUACGGUAAUUUAUAUUGUGCAUUGUGUUCACC